AUGCCGAACUGGUGUGGCAUUGAGCCGGAUCUCAGUCGGGCAAGAGUUCUGUGUCCACCCUGCAGGACGGCCUGGCCUGAACAUAACCAGUGGUGUUACAAGGAUACCAUCCUGCAGUGGGCAUUUGGACAUGUUUUUAAAGCCUUUAAAGAGGAAAUGGCCUUAAAUGAAGGCCUGAAUGUGGCCGAGGAGCAGCAUGUGCUCUGGCAGCAUGAGGCAGCGAACAGUGGUGAUGUGUGUGGAGAUCGGUGUGGCUGGGUUUUGAAUUGUUCCACUCUGGCCACUGAGUACAGGAUCAUCUCUGAAAGUGCGUCUGUGGCUCUCAGUGCUGGAGAUGACUUUUCCAACCUCUGGAUGGACUGUGUUGCAGACACCACAGGAGUAUCUGACUGUAAAUACUACCCCUCCAUGUUGGACCUGCCUGUUUUCCUUCAUGUAUGCAGGGCCCUGGCUGCCAUCUCGGUGAUCUAUGGCUUCUGGGGGGCUGUUCUUGCCCUCACUGGGAUGAAAUUCGGAGGCUUUGAGCUCAUCAGUGCCAAAGUUACUUAAGCAACAUUGUCUACGUACAUGGCAUCUGGUAUGAAACUUAUUUCAGUUGCUUCUUUCAUAUUCAAAGCAUAAAUUGAGUUACACACAUGUUGCUGUCUGUUUUGCUAGAUUUUGUGGUAUGAUAGUGUACUCCUGGUGGGGAAAAAAAGACACGCUCAGAAUUUAUGGGUCAGCAUUUCUUAGAACUAAAGUACAUAAUUGUGACUUUUAAGUUGGUCAUACUGUAUACACACUAUUGCACAAUUAGGCUGACAUUUUUGUGUUGCUAUGCUAUCUUAUAGCUCCCUUCCUACGUGAACUAUAAAUCCAUGUGAAUCUGUCUGCUUAAUGUAUUCAUGUAACUUUA